AGAUGCAUCGUAGGCCUCGAAGAAUCUGGGCCGCCACGAACUCGAAACCACUAUCCAAAAAAGAAAGAAGGGUCCAAAUUCCAGAACGGUCCACGAUGUGGUUCUCCCUCUCUACCGGGCAGAGCCUGUCAGAGCGGAAUGAGAUGGUACCUCCAUUGUCGUUUCUCCAUACAGUUCACGAGACCCACUGAAACAAGUGAAGCUCACGAUGCUUCGGCUUCCACACGCCUCCAGGGACGGCUGGGUGGUCUCACCGGUGAGCCUGCCUUCCCUGCAACGAACCCGAAAAAACGCCUACGUGGCAGGGGAGCAGGGGCUUGGGACCAAUCAUCAAACAAGUCUGAGGGGCAGAAAAAUCUCACGAUGGCUUCGCUUUGGCGUUCCCUUCCGAUGCCCGGGGGCAACCCCUCCUUGGCCACGGGGUGCAAAUCUACUCCAAAUAGCCCGGUCCAGACUAGGGCAGCCAGCCGCGAACUGCGGAGAAGAGGCCCAGAGGGAGACAAGGCCGCAAGGGCAAGGGCUGUGAUUGUCGGCGGCUUAUUCGUCAAGAAACCCCCCCCAAUCGCUGGGCUGGUCCAGCUUUGCACAGGGUCCCUGAUUCCGUUGACAAACGCGGGCAUCUGCUGCUUGCGGCGUAGCUUGCAGCAAGACGAACUACGGAUACAUAUCGCAGGCCGGAAGUGCAUCGGCAUCACCAUCCAUUUACCUGACUGCUCGUCAGUCUGCAGAUAA